UGGGCUUAUGUAGCUGCCUGUCCCGACUUGGUUGUGUGCCCGCUGUCUGAACGCUGCAGUAACGUACAUGUAUCUAUCCACUGGUCUGGUACAGUCUUUAUUUUCCCUAUCAGCCGCAGUGGAGGACUCGCAGCUCGCUCUACAGAGCAGUCAGGAUCCUCCUGAGCUUUGAGAUCAGAGGUCAAAGAGCCAUGGGAACCAGGAGGGUGCUUGUGACUGGGUGCUCCACCGGCAUUGGCUUGGCUGUGGCUGCUCGGCUGGCCAAGGAUGAGCUCAGACGGUUUCAAGUGGUUGCCACAAUGAGGGAUCUUGGGAAACGUGGGCCCUUGGAGAAAGCGGCAGGUGACGCCUUAAACAAAACCCUGGAAAUCAAACAGUUAGAUGCCUGUUGUGAAGCCUCCAUCAGAGAGUGUGUCAGCAGCCUGCCGGACAGACGGGUGGAUGUUCUUGUGAACAAUGCUGGCGUCGGCAUGAUUGGACCACUGGAGUGCCAAAGUAUCGAUGCCAUGAAGGAGCUCUUUGACACAAACUUCUUUGGCCUGGCGCGGCUGGUGAAAGAGGUGCUGCCUGACAUGAAGCAGAGGCAGAGCGGCCAUAUCGUGGUGAUGAGCAGCGUCAUGGGAAUACAGGGGCUUCUGUUCAAUGACGUCUACUCAGCCUCUAAAUUUGCUGUGGAAGGAUUUUGUGAAAGUCUGGCAGUACAAGCAAUGAAGUUUAACAUCAAGACCACUCUAGUGGAACCUGGCCCUGUGGUGACAGAGUUUGAAAGGAAGGUGUAUGAGGACGCUGAGAAGAUGGAUCUAUCAGGGACAGACGAGGAGACUGCCAAAAUCUUCCGUGAGGUUUACCUGCCAUACUCUUUAAAGGUCUUCGCCUCAUUGGGCCAAACACCAGAGGAAGUGGCUGAGCAAACUGUCAAAGUGAUCACAGCCAAGGAGCCUCCUCUUCGCCACCAGACCAACCGCAUUUACAUGCCCAUGACAGCACUGAAGCAUGCCGAUCCAACUGGUCGGCUGCCUCUCGACACUUUCUAUAAGAUGAUUUUUAAACAUGACGCCGUGUUCAAUGCUACUCUUGGGGUGCUGCGCUUGCUGCAGAGGAGGGCAGGGAAGAAAUGAAGAUUGCACAGAUUUGAAAUGUUUUUCUUAAGGAGACAGUGACUGAUUCUGCUGAAACUUUUUAGAUAGUUUUUAAAUAUAAUAUCCAACUGUAAGGCAAGGACAUGCCAAAAACCAUAGGGUGUUAUCUGUAAAAAUCUCUAAAAAUAAAUGUUAAUUCUUGAUAUACUGUAAAUAUGCACAUAAUAUGUAUGCACCUUCUUUCUUGCUGAGAAAUCUUUUUUCCAAACUUUCCAAUAGUUUGAACAAGUGGAUACUGCACACUAAGGCCAGUGUGAAAUAAAAGCAGUCUUCCAUU